UAUCAUUCGGGAUCCCGCCUAAAAAUUUAAUUCUGGUGAAAACGGCAUGUAACAUUAGUGCAUGCAUAAGUUAACCUUAUAUUGAAAUUUCAUUAAAUGCGGUUUUUAUUUAAUUUUUGUAAGCAUAGGCAGUUUGUAGUUGCAUCUUGCAGAAAGAUGUCCUACAAGUACCCAAAGGCAAAAAGAGAUGAAUCUAUAACUGACAAUUAUUUUGGAGUUGAAGUAAAAGAUCCCUAUAGAUGGCUUGAAGAUCCAGAUUCUGAAAACACCCAAAGUUUUGUAAAUGCUCAAAAUGAGCUAACCAGGCCAUAUAUUGAUAGCUGCCCUUAUAAAGAAGGUAUCAAAAAUAGAAUUACUAAUUUGUGGAACUAUCCAAAAUAUUCCACACCCUUUCGUCAUGGAAAUAAAUAUUAUCAGUACAGAAAUACAGGUUUGCAAAAUCAAAGUGUCAUAUAUGUUCAAGAAACAUUGCAGGAUGAAGGCCAGGUAUUUUUGGACCCAAAUAUAAUGUCAGAAGAUGGCACUGUAGCUUUGUCUGGUACUGCAUUCUCUGAAGAUGGAAAAACAUUUGCUUAUGGUCUCAGUUCAAGUGGAUCUGACUGGAUUGAAAUAAGAUUUAAAAAUGUAGAUGAUGGCAAAGACCACAAAGAAGUACUUAAAAAAGUCAAGUAUUCCCCUAUGACUUGGAUGCAUGAUAACAAAGGGUUUUUUUAUGGGGCAUAUUUGGAUCAAGUAGGUAAAGCUGAUGGUUCAGAAACAACUAACAGUGAAAGUCAAAAAUUGUACUACCAUGAGCUUGGCACAGACCAGUCAGAAGAUGUUGAAGCCAUUGAAUUUGAAGAUAAAGAACUUAGAAUGGGAGCUCAUGUGAGUGACUGUGGAACAUACUUACUUGUCACACCCAUAAAAGGUUGCAAAAAUAACUUAUUAUACUUUACAAAGCUUGAACCUUCUCAAAAAUUAACGAAAAAAUUGGAACUCACUCCAGUAGUCACCAAGUUUGAAGCUGACUUUGAGUAUGUGACUAAUAUAGGUAGUAAGUUUUUAUUCAGGACAAAUAAGGAUGCUCCGAACUACCGAAUUAUUUUAAUAGAUUUUAAUACUCCAGUUGAAUCACAAUGGGUUAAUUUAAUUGAGGAAAAUCCAAGGGACGUUUUGGAUUGGGCACAUGUUAUUAACAAUACUAUGCUUGUAGUUUGUUAUCUAAAAGAUGUUAAGAAUACAUUGCAUAUUUUUGAUAUAAAUACUGGAAAAAAGUUGCAUGAUUUCAAUCUGCAAGUGGGUACUAUAUCAGCUAUUUCAGGAAAGAGGUACCAUACUGAAAUGUUUUAUAGUUUCUGUUCAUUCCUUACACCAAAUAUAAUUUAUAAAGUAAAUUUUGAUGGCAACAAGAUUAAUGAAAGUAUCUAUCAUGAAACUAAAGUUGGUGACCUGGAUCCGUCUUCCUAUGAAACUGAACAGGUGUUUUACAAGAGCAAGGAUGGUACAGAUAUACCAAUGUUUAUUGUCAAUAAAAAGGGAUUAGUUAAAGAUGGGUCCAAGCCGUGUCUCCUCUAUGGAUAUGGUGGUUUCAAUGUUAAUAUAACUCCCUCAUUUGGUAUUUCCAGGCUGGUUUUUAUUAACAAUUUUGAUGGUAUAUUUGCAUUAGCUAACAUUCGUGGAGGAGGGGAGUAUGGGGAUAAAUGGCACAAUGGCGGUCGUUUUGAUAAAAAACAAAAUUGCUUUGAUGAUUUCCAAUAUGCAGCAAAGUAUUUGGUGCAGGAAAAAUAUACCAGUGCAUAUAAACUUACUAUUCAGGGUGGUUCCAAUGGAGGCCUGUUGGUGGCCGCAUGUAUAAAUCAAGCUCCAGAGUUAUUUGGCGCUGCCAUUUGCCAAGUCGGUGUAUUAGAUAUGUUAAGAUAUCACAAAUUUACUAUUGGUUAUGCGUGGAAAUCAGAUUAUGGUUGUUCUGAAGAGGCAGAUCAGUUUAGAUAUCUUUAUAAGUACUCUCCUUUACACAAUAUUGAAAAACCAAAAAAUGGUAUUCAAUAUCCUGCAACCCUGCUCUUAACAGCAGAUCAUGACGACCGGGUAGUGCCUUUGCAUUCUUUGAAGUUCAUUGCUGAAUUGCAACAUAAAAUCGGUAGUUUACCACAACAAAAAAAUCCCCUUUUCAUAAGAAUUGAGACAAAAGCUGGUCAUGGCCAAGGGAAACCAACAUCAAAAAUAAUUGAAGAAGUGUCUGAGAUAUUCUGCUUUGUGUCAAAAGCCCUAAGUUUGCCUUUUCAUGAAUGAUUAAAACGUAAUUUUUAGCAAACAACUUUGGGUUGUACCAUUUUGAUAUUUUUGCAUUUCCUUAUCCGUAUGUAAUUGUUAAUAUAAUAAUUAUUAUUAAUUAUCUAAAUAAUAUAAUAAUAUUGUAAUUAAAUUAUAGCAUUUACUUUCAUAAAAAUAAUUAAAAUCAUUAUUUAAAAUACAUAAAAGAU